CCAGCUCUCCUCCUCGUCUCCCACUGUGUGUCUCUUCCCCAUUUCGCUGCUUUGUUUUCAUUGUCGCUCCUCUGAAUAAUGGCUGCUCAUUCUACCGAAGAACCGUUCCCUUUCCACGGGCUGCUCCCCAAAAAAGAAACCGGCGCCACGUCUUACCUCACCAGGUUCCCCGAGUACGAUGGCCGAGGAGUGCUCAUCGCUAUCCUCGACACCGGCGUGGAUCCCGGGGCCCCCGGCAUGCAGGUUACAACUGAGGGGAAGCCAAAGAUCGUCGAUAUCAUCGAUACAACAGGCAGCGGUGACGUGAACAUGACCACAGUGGCAGAACCUAAAGAUGGUAUAAUCACUGGCCUCUCUGGUAGAGUACUUAAGAUCCCUCCUGCCUGGGUCAAUCCAUCAGGGAAGUAUCGCAUUGGAGUUAAAAAUGGCUAUGAGUUCUUCCCUAAGGCCCUUAAAGAGAGAAUACAGAAAGAGCGAAAGGAGAAGAUGUGGGACCCACCACACAGAUCAGCACUUGCUGAGGUCUGUCGCAAGACAGAAGAGUUUGACCUCUCUCACCCAACACCGGCACAGAUGGAGAAGUUGCAGAAGGAAGAGCUGCAGAGUCAGUCCGAGCUGUUGGCAUCUCUAGAAAAGAAGUACAGUGAUCCUGGUCCUGUAUAUGACUGUGUGCUUUGGCAUGACGGUGUUACAUGGAGGGCUGUAGUGGACACUUCAGAGUGUGGAGAGCUGUCCCAGUGCACUGUGCUGUGCUCCUACAGAGAGACACAAGAGUAUGCCACGUUAGGAAAUGCUGAGAUGCUUAACUACUCUGUAAAUAUUUAUGAUGAGGGAAACACACUCUGCAUCGUCACCAGUGGAGGGGCUCAUGGGACACAUGUGGCAAGCAUUGCAGCGGGCUACUUCCCAGAGGAACCAGAGCGCAAUGGUGUGGCCCCUGGUGCCCAAAUCCUGGCUCUGAAGAUUGGAGACACCCGCCUCAGCACCAUGGAAACAGGCACAGGACUCAUCCGUGCGAUGAUCGAAGUAAUCAACUACAAGUGUGACCUGGUUAACUAUAGCUAUGGGGAAGCCACCCACUGGCCCAAUUCCGGGAGGAUUUGUGAGGUGAUCACAGAGGCUGUCCAGAAGCACAAUGUGAUAUUCGUUUCAAGUGCAGGAAACAACGGCCCUUGCCUCUCCACAGUCGGCUGCCCGGGGGGAACCACCAGUAGUGUCAUAGGUGUUGGAGCGUAUGUGACUCCAGACAUGAUGGUGGCAGAGUAUUCCCUGAGGGAGAAGCUGCCUCCCAACCAGUACACCUGGUCGUCUAGGGGUCCCAGUACAGAUGGGGCCCUAGGGGUCAGCAUCAGUGCCCCUGGUGGUGCCAUUGCAUCUGUACCCAACUGGACUCUUCGUGGUACCCAGCUGAUGAACGGCACAUCCAUGUCAUCCCCUAAUGCCUGUGGAGGCAUCGCCCUAAUCCUCUCAGGACUGAAACAAAACGGGAUCCGUCCCUCUGUCCCUGCGGUGAGGAGAGCAUUGGAAAACACAGCUCUGAAGGUUGAUGACAUUGAAGUGUUCGCACAGGGCCAUGGCAUAAUCCAGGUGGACAGGGCACUAGACUACCUCACUCAACACGCCUCUUUACCCACGAGCCACCUUGGCUUCUCAGUAAGUGUGGGAACACAGAGAGGCAUCUACCUCAGGGACCCAGGCCAAGUUCUUGCACCCUCAGAUCAUGGAGUUGGAAUUGAACCCAUCUUCCCAGAGAACACAGGAAACUCUGAGCGAAUCUCCUUGCAGCUACACUUGGCUCUCACAUGCGCUGCCCCAUGGGUCCAGUGCCCCUCCCACCUAGAGCUAAUGAAUCAGUGUCGUCAUGUUAAUGUCCGCAUCGAUCCUGUGGGACUGAGAGAGGGAGUGCACUACACAGAGGUGUGUGGGUAUGAUACAGCAGCGCCUAGCUGUGGCCCACUGUUCAGAGUUCCAAUCACAGUUAUUAUCCCUACCAAAGUGAUAGAUAGUCGUAAUCAGGAGGUGUGUUUCACAGACAUCCACUUCAGACCAGGCCAGAUCAGACGCCACUUCAUCACUGUUCCUCAGGGAGCCUCCUGGGCAGAGAUCACGCUGACCUCUCAUUCGGGAGAUGUGUCGUCAAAGUUUGUUCUCCAUGCAGUGCACCUGGUCAAACAGAAAGCGUACAGAGCAAAUGAAUUCUACAAGUUCUCUUCACUAUUGGAGAGAGGCUCUCUAACUGAGGCAUUUCCUGUGCUGUCAGGAAGGGUUGUAGAGUUGUGCAUUGCGCGCUGGUGGGCGAGCCUGGGUGACGUCACAGUGGACUACAACAUCACGUUCCAUGGACUGAACACAUCUCCUUCUCCCCUGCACAUACAUGCCUCAGAAGGAGUGACAAGUUUUGAUGUGUCGUCACCUCUGAGGUACGAGGAGGUGUCCCCCACUAUCACCCUCAAGUCCUGGGUCCAGCCCCUCAGACCCUUAAGUUCAAAGAUAAAAGCCUUGGGAAUGAGGGAUGUUCUCCCUAACAACAGACAACUCUAUGAGAAUGUCCUCACCUACAGCUUUCACCAGCCUAAGAGUGGAGAGGUAACCCCCAGCUGUCCCAUGCUGUGUGAGCUGCUGUAUGAGUCUGAGUUUGACAGUCAGCUCUGGAUGCUGUUUGAUCAGAAUAAGAGACUACUGGGCUCAGGGGACGCCUACCCACACCAGUAUUCCCUGAAGCUGGAAAAGGGGGACUACACUGUGCGUCUGCAGGUCCGUCAUGAGCAGUCCAGCGAGCUGGAGCGCCUUAAGGACCUUCCAUUUGUGGUUUCUCACCGUCUGUCCACCACGCUCAGUCUAGAUGUCUACGAGACGCAUCGAGGUGCCCUCAUGGGCAAGAAGAAGGCAAACUCUUUCACCCUGUGCCCUGGUGCCACUCACCCGUUCUACGUCACAGCCCUGCCAGAUGACAAGAUCCCUAAGGGGACGAGUCCAGGAUGCUAUCUCACAGGCUCUCUCGUUGUCCCCAAGAGCGAGUAUGGCAAGAAAGCAGGGCAGGCCUCUGCAAAACGACAAGGAAAGUUUAAAAAGGAUAUUGUACCUGUGGUCUACCAUUUAAUUCCUGCUCCCAAUAAAACAAAGAAUGGAGGGAAGGAGAAGGACAAGGAAGGAGACAAAGAGAAAGAUGUGAAAGACGAGUUUGCAGAAGCCAUGCGAGAUUUGAAGAUUCAGUGGAUGACAAAGUUGGACUCCAACUCCAUCUAUGAUGAACUGAUGGAAAACUACUCAGAUUACCUUCCACUGCAUGUGCAAAGACUGCACCAGCUGGACUCAGAGAAGGAGCGUGUCAAACGUCUCAAGGAGGUGGUAUCAGCCGCGGACAUUGUCAUCUCCCACAUCGACCAGACGGCCUUGGCUGUUUACCUCACCAUGAAGACAGACCCUCGGCCCGAUGCUGCUUCUAUCAAGACUGACAUGGAGAAGCAGAAGUCGUCUCUGCUGGACGCUCUGUGUAGGAAGGGCUGCGCUCUGGCCGACCAGCUCCUGCUGCCCACCGCCUCACAGGAGGGCGCCAGUGCUGUCACCACAGGAAAAGCACCAGUAGAGGAGGAGGUCGGGGAGCAGGUGGCCAGCAGUUCUGACGACACCAUUCAUAACGUGGCUAAAGCCCUGACCGAUACAUUUUGGGAGGUGCAGAAGUGGGCAGAGCUAACUGACUCCAAGGUGUUGAUGUUUUCAUAUAAACACGCUCUGGUGAACAAGAUGUACAGCCGAGCCUUAAAAUAUGCCUCAAAGAUGGUGGAGGAGAAACCCACCAAAGAGAACAUGAAGAACUGCAUCCAGCUUAUGCGACAUCUCCGAUGGACACACUGCGCAACCUUCAGUGAGAACUGGCUCCCUAUUAUGUACCCUGCUGACUACACACCUUUCUAGGCACAGACACACACAUGUGCAUGAGCAGCAUGGCCAUAUAUGGUCCAUUACAUGGCAAGUUAGACAUCAUGUCCCUCAGGGUCACAUGGUCUAUGCAUCUGACCAACCAGCUGCCUCCUGAGAAUUACUUUGUUUUUCAAAUUCAGAUGUAGGUAAACACCAAAACGAAGGAUAACACUGUGUGUAAACAAUUUGAUGCACUCGACACCUUUUAUAAGGCGUUAAUCCUGUGGUGGAGCCAUUCAAACCAGAGGGUGUUUAAAUGUCUUGCUGACCAUCACAGCUCUGCCGACCAUGUAGCGUGACUGCCUCAGCUGUUUGUUUAAAUAUCAUCAACUGAAAAAAGGUAAAGAAAAUUAAUGUUAAAAACUCUUGCCAAGGCUUGCUGAUACUGUAGCUUAAUGAUAUCUAUGAUUGGUGUUGUCCUUUAUUUUGGUGUUCUCUACAUAUUCGGAGGUUAUCACAUCCACCUACCCUCUUCAGUUGUCCGGGCUCCAUAUCAUAUUAAUGACCUCAUUCUCUCAUGUAAAUACUGUAAAAGGGCCAGUGCGGGUUCCAGGGGUGCAUCCCAAUUCUUAAAAGAAAAAACUGUGAUCCUAUAUGGUCACUUUAAAAAGAAAAACAACACAACUUCAGUGAUAAGAAAGAAGAGACUCGCUGCUACGUGAUGUUCGGACGUACAGACAUGCAGAGUCUGUUUGAUCCCUGAAUUAUAAGGGAGGCUCGGACAGAACCUCAUUUCUUUUUUCUUUGUUUAUUGAUCGUUCCAGCCUGUCCAGGUUGAUAUAGCUAAGGUUUAGUCUUGUCUUGUGUUUUUAGGCUCUGACUCACAUUACACAGUCUCAGACCACACAACAGUGAUGAGGUGCCUUUCUACAUGUACCUUACCUUUUUUCUGAUGGGAUGAAAGAUUAAGUGCGAGGGUUUUGACCACAGGAAGCUACAGAAUCAAUAGCGUCAGUUGGCACUCAGUCAUUUCACCCAUCAGCCUUUGGUGUCAAAUGUGAUUUUUAAAGCUCACAUCAGCAGUGUGAAGUGUCCGUGCACUGUAUGCAGAUUCGUCAGGAAUCCUCAAACGCACUGUCAUGGGUUCUACUUAACCUCCAGAGGUGUUGGCCGCCCACUUCACACUGCAGUUACCUGAGCGGCACGUUUGACGACCAUCAAACAGACCUCACUAACAUAACAGAUGCAGUUGUAGGCAGCGGUAGGAUGUUCAGAUCAGAUUUCACUGUAAAAUGUUCACACAGUAGUAGAGAUGUUUCUCUGCAGCAUUCAAAAUGUUGCACUUGUACACAGUGUCAUAAAAUGAUGUACAUACACACGUAACAUAAAGAAUAUUAAGAUGCAAUAGGUAUAUAAUACAAAUAUUAUUCUACUUAUGUAUUUUGCAUAUAUGCAUGUCUUCUAGGAUGUAAGGAAAAUGGUUUUAUUUGGAAGCAGAUUUUAGUUUGUUUCAAUUUGAAAGAUUUUUAAUCCAGAAUAAGAUUUUGACAAUAUCUACUUUCUGAGUGUGUGUUUGUGAAUGAUUUUAUGUGUACCUGUGAGCAUAUUUUGUGUACAUGAACAGAACUGAAAUGAUAGCCAUUUAGAGGGUGGUUAAGCAUGAGUUUUUUUCUUCAGAUACCUUAUUUACUUGAAAGGAUGAUGCCAGUGAUUUUGUAUUUUUAAACUUUUUAACUUAAAUGUGUAAAUCCGUGGAAUUCCCCUUUGAAAGAGAGAAAGUCUACCAUUUGUUUUCAAUAUCAUAUGGAAAUUAAUGGGAGACAACAACUGUACAGAAUGGUUGGAAAAAUUUAUCUGAAAAUGGUCAGCAAAAAUGUCAGGUUUACAUGAUUUUUAGUUGAGGAGCUAGAACUUGCAAAAACACUGGUAUGGUCCUUUUAAAACAUCUCACCUGAAUCAUUUAACAGAUGAGGACACAUGGCUCUUUGUUUCCACAGCGCCAUCCGAAAGAGGACCAUGCUUAAGAUACAAACUACAUAUUCAGUUUUUACCUUAUUAUUUUCAUGAUUCUUCACCUUUUUCACUUAUAAAUCUGUAAAACAAGCUGUGAUUUCCUGUCACAGUCUGUAGUAUUGUGAGUUUAACCAAAGAAAGAUUUUUCCCAUGUUAAGAAGGUUUAAUUGUAAAGGAGGUAUGAAGGCUGAAAAUGCAAGUUUUACCAGAAAAAAAAAAAAAUAAA